CAGCAACAAGUUCACUAGUGCUAAUCAUUGUUAUAGCACAUCAACAGCAUAUGAAGUAGUAUUUACUACUGGUCCUAUCAGCAACAACAAGUGCGCUAGUGCUAAUUAUUGCUAUAGCACAUCAUUGGCUAACUUUUUAACUCGGCUCCUAUGUCUCGAGCUCAUCCACCCGAGCGUAGCGGCAGACUGUCAUUCAUGCACUCUGUAUCGCACUAACAGAGCUGAACAUUGGACUAUACUUCGUGCACAUCACAUCGCACUAACAUUCCAAUAUAUGUCAUGUGGCCCAUUUCGUCCCGCAGCCGUUUCAAAUGGUUACUAUAAACCGUUCGUCAUAUAAAUAUAUACAUAUAUAUAU